AUGGGGUACCCUGACGUUGCCGCUUUUGACUUGGAUUAUACUGUGUGGCCUUGCUUCUGUGACACCCACUUAUAUCCUCCUUUCAGGCCUCUUACCGAGAAGAAUGGCGAAGUGCACACCUUGAUCGAUUCCCAUGGUUAUGAGGUAUCGUUUUAUAAAGAUGUUCCCAAGAUCCUGGAAGAUCUGAAAAAUAAUGGCACCAAGAUAGUGUCUGCCUCUCGCACGUGGGCGCCAGAGAUUGCUCGUGAUCUCUUAAAGGGCUUUAAGGUGCAAUUUAAUGGGGAAAUUGUACCGCUAAUUUCUCUUUUCGACUCACUUCAAUGGGGAGAAAUGAGCAAAGUCAACCACAUAAAGAAAGGUCUUUCACAAAUUUACGGUAAAUCUGCGGAUGUCAAGGACUACAAAAUUUGCCUCUUCGAUGAUGAGAGCAGAAACAGAGACGUGGAGAGGUUUGGCGUCAAGUACGUGUACAUCAAAGAUCCUGAAGAAGGCACCACCUGGAAAAUCUAUCAAAUGUAUUUGAAAGGGAAUUAG